AUGACGGAGGUAAGGACUACUAAACCCGAGCUCAGCACCGCUAUAACCGCAGGUCCAAUGCCCCGGUCCAGGCUCCGACCUCCUUCCCCCAUGCCCCUCACACACACCCAUCUUCCCCCUUGCGUCCUUCCCCUUUGCCUCCUUUCCCCUUGCCUCUUUCCCCCCUACCCCUCACACCCAUCUUCCCCCAUGCCUCUUUCCCCCCUAGCCCUCACACCCAUCUUCCCCCGUGCCUCCUUCCCCCUGCCCCUCACACCCAUCUUCCCCCGUGCCUCCUUCCCCCUGCCCCUCACACCCAUCUUCCCCCUUGCGUCCUCCCCCUUUGCCUCCUUUCCCCUUGCCUCUUGCCCCCCUACUCCUCACACCCAUCUUCCCCCUUGCCUCUUUCCCCCCAACCCCUCACACCCAUCUUCCCCCUUGCAUCUUUCCCCCCUACCCCUCACACCCAUCUUCCCCUGUACCUCCUUCCCCCUGCCGCUCACACCCAUCUUCCCCCGUGCCUCCUUCCCCCUGCCCCUCACACCCAUGUUCCCCCUUGCGUCCUUCCCCUUUGCCUCCUUUCCCCCUGCCUCUUUCCCCCUUACCCCUCACACCCAUCUUCCCCCUUGCCUCCUUCCCCGUACCCCUCACACCCAUCUUCCCCCUUGCCUCUUUCCGCCCUACCCCUCACACCCAUCUUCCCCCUUGCCUCUUUCCUGUUAG